UUCGCUGGUGUUUCCGAGCUCACAGCGCAGUCGACAUACAGUGGGCGAACCGGAUGCUAAUUUGGUUCAAUUCCUUGCAGAGUGGUUUUAUGCUUCACAUGUAUCUCAGUGGAGGCGCCUCUGUCAUACAAACUUUAUGGAUUCCGCUACAAACCUGUAAUUUUGAAAUACGCUCUGUAUUUGGCGUUUAAAGCCAUUUCACUUGCGCACGGGAUCUAGACAAUUAACUGGAAAAAAAAUGAUUCCCCGAACGGGUGCGGGCUAUGGUGUGGAGGUCUGAGGCAUGGCCUGUUUCUGGGCCCCCUGGGUGAACAACACCCAGUAGCCCUGAGAUGAUGAGUGGCCCUCCGCGCUGGCACUCCUUUAAGUGAUGAAGACCCCUGCCAUCCUCCUCCUCAUCCUGUCUGUCCUGUGCAGAACUGUGCAUGUGUCAACAAAGUCGGUGAAGCACACAGUGGAGGAAUGGAACAAAUACAGGAGCGAGUGCCUGCUGAGAAUGAGCACGGACCCCACACCCCCAGGCUUAUUCUGCAGCCGCAUGUUUGACAUGUACGCCUGCUGGCCGGAGGGCAUCCCCAACACCACCGUUAAAGUGCCCUGCCCGUGGUACCUCCCCUGGUACAACCAAGUUCGUAAUGGAUAUGUGUUGCGGGAGUGUGGGCCUGAUGGCCAGUGGGCCGUUAACAACACCAGUAGCACCUGGAGGGACCACUCCCAGUGCAACGCAGACAAUAACCAGCAGGUGGCACAGGAGAACCAGAUGGUGAUCUUGGCCUACUUCCGGGUGAUGUACACUGUGGGCUACUCUCUGUCCCUGGCCAGCCUUUCCCUGGCCCUUGUCAUACUGCUCAUCUUCAGGAAACUAAGGUGCACCAGGAACUAUAUCCACACCAAUCUGUUUGCGUCCUUCAUCCUGCGAGCCAUAUCCAUCCUCACCAGAGAUGCUGUUCUCACCAGGGACACCCCCGAGUUCAGAGACAACAGAGACGUGUCCAAUGUCCUCAGUGAUCAGGCUCUCUCUGGCUGCCGUGUGGCCCAGGUGCUGAUGCAGUACUGUGUGGGGGCUAACUACUACUGGCUGCUGGUGGAAGGACUGUACCUUCACAACCUGCUGGUGCUCAUGGUCUUCUCUGAGAACAGCUACUUCUGUGGAUACCUCUUCAUCGGCUGGGGAACCCCAGUGUUAUUUGUGGUCCCCUGGAUUAUAGUUCGGUACCUGUAUGAAAACACACGGUGCUGGGAGAUCAACGAGAACAUGGCGUACUGGUGGAUCAUCCGCACACCCAUCCUCCUGGCCAUUCUGGUCAACUUUUUCAUAUUUAUUCGGAUCAUACAGAUCCUCGUCUCCAAAUUAAAGGCACGCCAAAUGAGGUACACAGAUUAUAAAUUCAGGUUGGCUAAGUCCACUUUGACCCUCAUCCCUCUCCUGGGCAUCCAUGAGGUUGUCUUUGCCGUGAUGUCAGAGGAACAGACAGAGGGCAUCCUCCGAAAUAUCAACCUCUUCUUUGAACUUUUCUUCAAUUCUUUCCAGGGUCUCCUGGUUGCCAUCCUGUACUGCUUCGUCAAUAAAGAGGUGCAGUCAGAGAUAAAGAAGAAGUGGCAGCGAUGGAAGCUGGGCAUGAACGUCCUGGACGACCUUCGCAACACCGGCAGCAACACGCUACAGGGGGGCACCAGCGGCGGGCAGUGCCACCACGACCCGCCCUGCCAGCCUGACUGUCCACAGGAGGAUACCCACAACCUCUCCUCAGACGCCUCCGCCUCAGGGCCGCAUGCCCACCCACGCCCACACCACCACCCAGGGGCCAAGAAGGGCAAGGCCUACUGCUACAUUUCCGCCCGCAAGCAGGUGCUGAACGGCCUUGAUGGAACUCCGCUGGGCAACGGGGGAGGAGAAGGAGUCAUCAAAUACUCUGAGAGCUACUGCUGAGUGGCCCUGUUGGGGUCUAAUGAGGGCUAACGAGUAGCUGGCUACCUUUGUAAUUUCUAGUGGAAGGAAUCCGAACCAGACAAUCACCUGCUUCCAAUUUAGUUGUGUACUCCCAGAUCUAUGUGGCCUACUUGGUGUUUCGUGGAACCCAUGUCUUAAUAAUUGUGUGAACAUGAUCCGGGACUCUUUGGAUGAUUGCCAGAAUGCCUUUUCUGCCCUGGCCAAUCAGGCUAUGUGUUGUGACUCCCAUAGGCUUCCAGUGGGAGAUAAGAUGACCCAUCCCAAGUGCAAUAUCGCCGCAAUCGACCCAGAUGUUGAGGAAAGCUACUACUUAAAUUAGGAAAUGAACACCGUCCAACCUUUAUCUGCUCAGAUUUGACUGUUUUGGGGGGGUUUGCCUCUUUGUUCUCUACCUCUCGCUCUACUUGUGGACAAAAUGGAAAGGUUACGUACCAACCGUGGACCGUCUUUUCAUGUGCAAUGGAUAUUAUAUCAAUAGUUUGUUUUAUAUGUUGGUAUUGGAAAAAGUCUCUGUGAGGGACUUAGAGAAGGCAGGAGGUGAGCAAACCAAUAUUGUCUUCCCCAGUGAGUUAGCCACACACACACACACACACACACACACACACACACACUAUGGUUUCCCUAGGCAACUCUGUGUUUUGAAUUCCUCUCACCCAACCGUUGAAAACCUGUCAUGCCCCUUGCUCUCUAGUCAUACAUUUAUGGCAACCUUAUAGUCAUAGUUAUGGUAGCCUGUUACUCACCACAAAUUGUUUUUUUCUUGUAGCUUUUCCAGACUAACCACAACCACUUACCACCCAGCUGAAGGCUUUACAUCCCGCUGAGCACAGGUCGUAACAUGCCAAGAUGGCAUCUCUCCUCUGCUUCUGGGGAUUAAGGUCCCAGCACCCUUGCUGCCAUGUAGCUUAAAAUCAAAAUGGGGCAAUAGGAAAUGGCUCUCUACACGAUAGACCACAGCCACAAAAUACACAUUUAGUAUUCUGCUGUGUGCGUGUCGAUGGUAUGCUGUAGGUCUACAUGUCUGACGUCAUGUUUGCAAAGCUAGGAUCCAUUCUGUUCAUCCUCUGUGAAGAUGUCUGGUACGUUACAUACAUCUGUGUAAGGUUGCCAAAAACUCCAUGCCGGAAUCUGUGAGAAACAAAAUAUUUUGCACUGAUCUCAGUGAAGUUUUGAAAUACCAAUUACCCAAUAUGAGUUUAGCUAAAGGUGCUUUAUUUUAACCCAGCUAACAAUCCCCCAGUCCUAUUUAAAGACUGGUUUCAAUCUAAAACUAGUACAGCACAACCCUAACUUCUCCAGAUAUAGCUUGACUACUCGGUGUGUAUGGAUCUGUCUGAGCGUCCAGAGCCCUCAAUUCAUUUUACUGUUUGUAAUUAGUCUCUACUUGAGGGUCACAUUGCACCUAAUGGCUCCCCACCGGUUGAACAGGGGUUCUGUAUAAAUGUAGGCAAUUAAACCAGACAAUUUCCAACUUCCCUUUUGAAAUAGCUCCUCUAACCCGCAUACACAGAGGCCCCAUCUUCACACAUACCAAUGGAGUAAUGAGGUAGCCUUGUUUUUCUGUCUUCCCAUUCACUCCAAAUGGGGCUAACCCGUUACCCAAACAUGUCCACCAUCUCUGUGUCAUCAAAAUGUAGCAUGUCAUACUAAUGAACAUGCAUUUUAUCACCAGGAGUAUUCCUACUAGGGUCAUUACUGGUGCUUGACAGAGGGGCCUCAACGCUUCUGGUGCCAUAGAUCAUUACCCUUGUGUGUGUGUGUGUGUGUGUGUGUGCAUGCUAUUAUCUUAAUUUCCAAAGUGGCUUGGCUGAUCCUCACAACUGAAAUAGCAUUCACAAACUGAGCAUUGCACUUCACAAAUAUCUUCUAGUGUAAUGUACCUUUGGCAACAUGCACGCGUAGCCUUUGGAAUUUCUUUGGCAAACAUUACAAAAUACUGUGUUGUUUGUAAAACAGCUUAUGUCAGACAUUGACCUUUCAAUAAAAAAAAUGACCAGAUGUAGCAUAUAGUUAGUUAGCAUUGCUAGUAUGUGUUACAGUGGUGCCGUGACCUGGAUCUAGAGAGUGGACCCAGUAAACCGAGGUCAAAGGGAGGUAGAUUCAGUGGAUGCUUAUGUUAGAACCUUGCAGUGGGUUAGGACUGUACUGUCACCCUGGACCCAAAAUACAUUGGGUCCAUUGUGGCAGAGGUGGAACAUGUUACAUAAACGGACAUGACCUUCUGACGUGACUCCACAUGUUCUAUAUACCUGUCAACGGGUAAACUUGGCGCACUGACACUCAAAUGAUAUUUAACUCUGUGUGAGUAGGCUAUCAUCACAGGGAGAUUACUGUACAAAGAACAGCACUAAAUCUCACAUAUAAGACUAUGUGACAUGAAUGGACACUAUUUUUACUCACUUUUUAUUUACAUGUUUGUUAUUUAAAUUAAAUUAUUCUUAAUCUGA